AUGUACGGAAUUAUUCUCUUCGCCGUAACGGCUUCUUCAUUAUUUGCAUACUUUAUCCUUUGGCCAGUAGUUGAUUAUUUUCGAGACCCGAAAGGGCUGAGAAAAUACCCCAACCUUAACUUUCUGUCCGGUGUGACUGAUCUCGGUUUUCUUUAUGAAGCCCACAAGGGAUUUCGGUCAAAAGCUCUACUUGAGGCGCAUCAGAAGUCGCCAGUAGUCCGCAUUGGUCCCAACUCAUUAUCAUACUCAGAUCUCUCAGCUAUCAAGGAUAUUUACGGCCACAACACGAAGUGCGUGAAGGAUUUAUUCUACGACACUCUCGCAGGCUCUCAUCACCAUCUGGCCGAUGUCAGAGACAAGUUAGACCACCAGCGCAAACGCCGCAUAUUAUCAAGUGCCUAUGCACUUAAGAACCUCGAGGGCUGGGAGCACAAAGUUGCCGACAAGACAGAGCGAUUCAUCAAGGCUGCGGAUGCUCGAUGCACAGAACCCCUGAAGAAGGGAGAGCGGCCGACCCCUGAAAGUCUGACUUUCGACUACCGUGCCUACUCCAACUUCUUCACUCUCGACGCCAUCGCCGACAUUGGACUCUCUGAACGUCUCGGGUUCCUCGACCAAGGCCACGACCUCGUCACUGCCGAGACGAUGGACGGAAAGCUGUAUCAAGUAAACUAUCGGAAAUGUCUCCAUGCUACAGCCAGAGGACAGGCAGGCACUGUUUGGGCAUACGACUGGUACCCCUUCUUCUGGAAAGUGGCAAAGUUCUUCUCCAAGGACCUAGGGAAGCUCAACGCGGGCUGGAACGACAUUGUUUGGCACCGAUCCACCCAACGACUCGCGCGCUACAGAGCCGGAGAGCAACUGGAUGAUUUCUUCUCAGCGCUUAUGGACGACAAGAACGGCAACCCCAACGGCAUGGAAUGGGGCGAGAUCGUUGCCGAGAUCUCCAUCAUGAUGAACGCCGGCUCCGACACUACCGCCAUCGCAAUGAACAACGCCAUGUACCUGCUCCUCAAGAACCCAGAGUGCCUAGCAAAACUGCAGGCCGAAUUAGAUGCUGUCGUUGAGCCAUCCGAGGUUGUCAUCGCAUACGACACCAUCCGACACCUACCCUACCUCCGCGCCUGUCUCGACGAAGCACUGCGGAUGUUCCCACCCUCUACAUUUGGACUCCCGCGCCGGACACCACCCGAAGGAGCGCCCAUCCUAGGUGACUUCAUACCCGGCGAGACCUCCGUAUCCAUCUCAGCGUACGUCGCGCACCGGGACGAAAAAGUGUUUCCCGAACCCGAGAAAUUCAUGCCGGAGCGAUGGCUGGGCGAGGAUGCGAAGGAGCUGCAGGCCGCGUUCAUUACCUUUAGUGCGGGAGCGCGUGGAUGCAUUGGUCGGAAUAUCUCCUACCUCGAGCAGACUGUGCUUCUGGCGAGUGUGGUGCACAGGUUUGAGUGGGCGUUACCUAGUCCGGACUGGACGCCUGACUUGUUCGAAGCGUUUAAUCUUUCUCCCGGUCCUAUGCCGCUGAAGGUUUGGAAGAGAUUUGAGGAUAAGGAGUGA